AUGAAGGGCUGCUACCAACUUGGUGGAAUUAAAUAUCAGGUCAGGCAUAUCAACUUACAUUUCACUCUAUUUGACGUCCCGCCGUUUGGCAGUUUGUUUCCAAGGGUUUGUAUUUCUCUUUCCUUAGAGUUUUUCCUCGAAUCGAGAGGGUCUUGUGUUGUGGUCGGUCAAAAGGAGCCAAAGGAAUCGAAAAUCAAAGAUUUCCUUUUCUCCUAUAUGAUCGCAGUCAUUACUCUACUUAUCGCUAGACACCCCACCUGCGCCACCCACACUCCCCUCCUCCUCCCCCCCCGCACUAGCCUCCCUCCUCCCCUUCCCUCAGUUCUCAUGGCGUUCACUCCUGAUAAAGGCUUCCCCUCGCUACAGCAUCCCCUUCAGAUCUCGCAGAUCCAGAUGACGUCAUCCUUUAUCUGGACCCCUUCACGCAACCUAAUUACAGUGAAGCCUUAA